CCUCAUGAAGGAACAUGUUUGUCACUUGAGCGCUACUCGUACAAAUGGCCCUUCCUGCCCACGUAUGUGUGUGGGUUCUGGUUCCGGGGGUUGCAUGUUGGUCUGGAGUUGAAAUAUUCCCUAGCAACAACCUUCAAUCCUCAAGGGUCUCAUCAUGGUUCAUCCGUGAGACGAACCAAUAUCCAUUAUCCAACCACCCGCACAAGUCGUUUGUUUGCACGCACAGUUCUCUUGACGGCAUCCUUUGACGAUCUUCAACAGCGGGGAUGGAGGGGGGGAUUUGAUAUCAUAAUCACACGGCUCACUUUGGGUUUUGUCCUCUCGUCAAAUGAGAAGCCGUACUGGUACUGCACGACCGAUCAAGAUGAGCGAAAUUCCACUUGGUGUUUGCCCGCACUUGACGAGAAACAGUCACUGAACUUCAAGGUUGACAGGUAUCCCACUUUCGCAAUUCGAUGAUCUCCUGUCUUUUGUAGCACAAUGGCGAGACCCUGAUGGAUAAGGUGAUGAUGUUCGUACGUGGCACCCCUUUUCCUGUACCAAGCGAAGAAAUGCCCCGCCAUCUACCGGACUUUUUUCUUGAGAUGAGCGUUUGAGAAAAAGUAAUACGAACAAAUAACGACAUCGCAAGGCUUGAAGAGUCCCACAAGCCAGGAACGGUUCACAGCUAGAGCGAGUCAGGAAUUGCCCCUCCUCUUCCGACUGUUAGGGUUUCAUGGCCCGUUGGCCCUUCAAGAAGUUGGCAUCUGGGUGCGGGUGCCGCGAAAUCACCGGCUUGUACGGAGUAAAUAUAAGUAUAGAAACAACAAGCAAAAUAACAACGAAGAUUCUCAACACAAGGGGAUUUUCCCGGGAUCGUCUCGCCGCCGCACAUCCGUCCGCGAGUCGCAAAUCGUAAGAUGCAGAUGCAAGCCAUCUUGCUCCAUAUUCAUGCACCAGAGCAACACUUAUUGACGGUGAUGGUUGCCCGCAGGAAGGGCGGCCGAUGGAGAAAAUCCAUUGGAUGAGUUGGGCAUGCAACGCUGCAAACAUGACAUGAGAGGGCCAGUAGUGGCAAGGUCGACUUCGGCAAGUCUCGAAAGGAAAGUCUCGAAGAGAUGGCCAUGAUUCAUAUUUCGUCUGGUGUGGUGUGGUCCUCAGCUUGCCAUCGCCAUGUCGGUAUGGGUAAGGUUGAGGUCUUGAGCACUCCAUCUCGUGCUACCGGUACUCACGUACUGUAGAGGUACUUUGCGGAAUGGAGGUGGAGUUGGGACGAGCGUUGAGGCGUUCUUGCUCUUAUCGCGAUAGAUCAUAAGGCGAUUCUGGCGGCUGCCGAGGGGCAUCGCGGGCGCGGGGUCAGACUGCCAGUGGGCGUUUUGAUGUUGUAAAUGAUGGCGUGGAUUUAGAUAAUUUGGCUAUGGUCAUGUGACUUUACAUCAACGCGCGAUACUAUUGAGACACCCCAAAAGCUUAAUGAGUCACCCUCAAAGUUGACGCGCUCUUUUGCUAAACAGCAGACUUUAAAGCCUUGGAGUCGGCAGUUCGGUCAAUGGUCCCAGCAUUACUCCGUACAUUAGUCUCUUCUUAAACUUCAUAAUACAGAUUACAUCAUAGUGCUCACUGACAUUAUUUGAGGUGCACAAAGUUGAUCACAAAAAGCAACUUCUUCUGCUGAAGACAACCUCUCACGCUUCGACCAGUAAAUGAUCCAAGUUUCCCGUUCCCAGCCACCAGCAGCAGCCCAAGCAGCCUUACGAGUACUCCUACUCCAUACCUUAAGCGAAAAUUCCAACCUCACCCCGCGCCCGCGCCUAUUACCACGGCCACUUCAUCGUCACUUUUUUCUUUGUCCAGUCCACUUCCCGUGACCACGACCAACUAAACCAGAAAUCUGCCAACGCCCUGGCCGGGUGCAACAAUGCCGUCGCAAAGCAGAAUUUCACAUGACAUUCCCAAUCAAAGAACGGAAGCGCCACCAUAGAGUCAUUUUCAACAAAAGGAAAAUGAAUUCGAAUUCAUCGUCGGCGUCAUCAAGCAACUUCGACCGUGCUUCGUAUACUGAACAACAGCAAACGCAAGUGCUACCGUCACGAUCGGGGUUUGUAAUCGAGGAGGUCAAUUCAGAGAACGAGGCCGAGUUUGGGUCUGUAGCUUCCGGGAGUCCCAUAGCCAUGGCUGCAGCUACUGAAAGCAUGAUCCCCAACCUCUUCACCACCCUUCCACCAAUCCGCGACUUUCUCGAUACCGGGUCUUCUCAGAUUCAGGACCAGACUAUACAAGAGUGCCUUCCGUUCCUGGCCGGCAUUGAGGAAGAUGUAAAGACCAAUGCAUAUGGCGUUCCCAAUCUUGACCGGAAAAGACACAUCCAUUUUCUUCACAAGACUUUGGCAAGGUUACCAGCGGGAUACGUUGCCGCCGACGCGAGUAGACCAUGGAUGUUCUACUGGGCGCUCAAUGGCCUUCGCACUAUGGGUGAGGAAAUUUCAGAUUACCGAGAGAGAGUCAUCUCUACCAUUAGUCCAAUACAAAAUUCAACUGGCGGGUUUGGUGGGGGAAACGGUCAAGCAUCACAUCUAGCACCAACAUAUGCCAUUAUAUUGUCCUUAGCGCUGGUCGGUGGCAAAGAAGCUCUGGAAGUUAUUGAUCGAAAGGCCAUGUGGAAGUGGCUUGGAGCAUUGAAACAAAAAGAUGGAUCCUUCCAAAUGUCCGUUGGCGGGGAAGUGGACAUGCGGUAAGUUUGACAAUACCAAAUGGUCGGUUGAGACAUUUAUUGACCGAAGAUAGGGGUGCAUAUUGUGCAACUGUGAUUAUCAGUUUACUUGACUUGCCAUUAGAGUUGCCCAAAGACUCUUCAGCGUGGUCACCUGAACACACGUCGUUCCUUUCGGGACUCCCAGAAUGGGUGGCACGAUGUAAGUUUCCCCCCAAUCACUAAAUCACUACAUGACUCAACCCCGCUAAUUCAUGUAGGUCAAACUUUUGAAGGCGGAUUUUCCUCCAGGCCAGAUGCUGAAGCACAUGGUGCCUACGCAUUCUGUGCUUUGGGGUGCCUCUGCAUCAUUGGCGAUCCUCACGUCGUGAUACCCAAGUAAGCAAGGUUCUCGUUUGGCACAACCGUGAAGCUAAUUUGACAGGUACCUCGAUGUUCCUCGACUGAUAUCCUGGCUUUCGGCUCGCCAGUAUGCACCCGAGGGGGGGUUUUCUGGUAGAACCAACAAGUUGGUAGAUGGUUGUUACAGUCAUUGGGUGGGGGGCUGCUGGCCUUUACUUGAAGCUUGUCUUGAGGGGCCAUCUUCCCCUACUACUUCAAACACAAACUUGAGCAACAGCAUCUACAGUAGAGAGGGUCUUAUCCGAUACAUAUUAUGUUGUUGUCAGGAUCAAUCAAAGCGAGGAGGAUUAAGAGACAAACCAAGCCAGUAAGCGCAAAAAAAUCUCCGCUUACGCAUAUUUCUCGCUCACCUUCUAUACAGUUCCUCUGACUCGUAUCACACAUGUUAUGUUCUUGCUGGGCUCAGCUCUGCACAACAUAAGUGGCGUUUCAACCUUUCAGAAAGCAAAAGCGAGCAGGUCGAGAACCUGACUUCCGCCUAUCAAUGGACCUCGGAAGUGAUGACCGAGGAACCCCAGAUUUUCGAUGAGGAAGAUCGGGUCAAAACUUUGCAUCCAGUGUUUGUGAUACCCGAGGGGGUCGCUGAGGAAACUAGAGCGUACUUUGCCUCAAAAGGUGGAUUUUGA